AUGGAAAACCAUGAAUAUCAAGCUCCAGGACCAAAUGAUUUAAGAUCACCUUGUCCUGCGCUAAAUUCGCUCGCCAAUCACGGAUAUCUACCUCGUGAUGGAAAAGAUAUUACAACCAGUCGAUUGAUUGAAACAACUUAUAAACAAUUUAAUCUCGGUAAAACCGUAGGGUUCAUUUUAGCUUACGGAGCUAUAAUUGAUAUAGGAAAAACCAAAAUUACCCUUGACGAAUUACAUACUAGCAAAUUAAAUCAUUCGAUGUCAUUAACACGUACUGACGUCGAGUUAAAUCAAGAUUUUAGAAAAGUUUCACCGGAAUUAAUUGAUUCUUUAAUUUCAGAGAAAGACGAGACUAAUAAAUUAACAAGGAAUAGCUUUGCUAGGCAAUUUAUAAAAAGACGCGAUCAAUCUCUUAAAGACAAUUCCGCAUUUCAUGGACUAGGUUUUACGAAAAAAUUUCAAGUAUUUGGUGAAUAUUCUUUAACAUUAAAUUGUUUGUCUGGAAGUGAAAAUGAAACCGGAAUAUCAAUUGAUGUAAAUACUUUGAGGAGUUUUUAUCAACUUGAAAGAUUCCCUGAAAAUUGGAAAAAAUCCGAAAAGACAAUUAGUUUUCGUCAAUUCCUUAAAACUAAUAGAGAAACUAAGAAAAUCCAAGAAAAUUUAGACAAAGAAAAGACAAAUUAA